AUGUCUGUACGGUCCGGGUUGCUCGAGUUCAGCAUCCGAGGCGACGAACUCGAGCAAAAUCGCAUCCAACUUGAACAGAACCUCCAACACACCGAUCUUUCUCUGCAUCUUUCAUCCACACCUAGCGACUCAGACGUUGAGUAUCCCAGACGAAACCCAGGCCCCGGACCGUUUGGAGGCUUUGCUUCGUUCGACCACAUGUCCCGAGAUCAAUUCGACCCAGAAGAAGAGAGCCAGUACCACCCCUGGUCGUACCGUACGGGUGACGACGAGAACGGUGUUAGCCCUGGGGCAGAGUAUGAUCCUGAUCGCCCUCUCACGGGCAUAAUCGCGGGCUUCAACGCCAAUUUCUCCGCUCUCGAUCCCAACUCAACGCGUUCCAGACAUCUCGUGCGCACUGCCUGCUUCCCGUCUUACAUGUCGUCAUACGCGCAGGCAUCCGCCACAGUAGAUUUCAACGAUCCACUCGUUGUUGACGACAGCGCCGAGCUCGAUGAAGUUUUUCAAGCGGGUUGUGCCCCUAUCCCUACAGCUAGCAUUCGUUCUCCCGGCACCGCUUCCAGCUCGUCGCGCCCCAACACUCCCCUGUCACCACGCCCUAAACUCUCUGAUGCUUUGAGUCACGUCGCAUUCUCUCCCAAACGACCCCGCCGUCCGCAAUCGCCAGCCAUCCACGCACCUGCGCCUUGCAAGGGUCGUUCUGCAAUUGCCCGCCAAACAAAGAUACCACUUACGCGUCGCCAGGUUGCCACUAUCGAGAGCGACCCUGAAGAUAACGUCCCAACUCCAAGGUCGCGUAGUCGGGGAUCUUACGUACAUCAGUCGCUCUCGUAUGCACCGCUGGAGCCCGAAGUGAACAUCUUGCCUCCUACUCCACCAGGCGACGAGAACGCGAAUGCGAAAUUUGUGAAUGUAGCACGUGGGCUAGCCAAAGAAUUCGAAUCACACCAAAGUGCCAUAGCGCAGAGCACUAUGCGAGACCGCAAGAACGCGAAGAACGCGAAAAUGUCGCUAAAGAAUGUCAUGAACGAUUUGCAGGAGCAGAGGCCCACUCAUACUUCUGUACCGCGCGGUGCAGGCGUGCGGACCCCAUAUAAGAAUGGAAAGCUCUACCUUCCCGACGUGACCGGCAUCACAAGCGCAGUUGGAUCCCCGAUGAAGGUGGGCAUGGAAUAUCAAGGCUAUAACGGAAAGGAGGAUCGCGAGAUUGACGUGCGACUUGCGGCCACCCUGAGCAUCGUUCAAUCUAAGAUUGCCCAUCUGGAAACGGAAAAUAGCAUUUCGCGUAGGCGCGUCCGCGAGCUGGAGUUGGAACUUGAGGAAUGUAAGAAGGAGGUAACUAGAGAACGCACAAGGAUCCUUGGGCGGGAAGAGCCAGAUGUCCAAAUCCCGCAGGAGAAGACGACUCGCGGAAUUCGCACAAAGGCUCCAAAACCAGUUGAACCUCUGGAGACUUACGAAGAUAUUCGGAGGUACAAGGAGGCAGUAGAAGAGAAGAAAGCCCUAGAGACUUUGAUAACUACUCUACGAUCACAUUUGACUCGCCUGACCGCCGAGCUUUCUGACCACUCUCGCUUACUGGAGGAACUCCGGGAAUUGCGAGAUUCGGAUGUCCGUGCUCUCAAAGAGAAGAGCCACGAGAUCAACCAACUGCGCCAGGAAGUCGAACGCCUUGCGGGCGAAGUGGAGGUUUUGCGCGGCGUCGUCGAAGAGGGUUUGAAAGAGCGGAAGGAAGCAAGGGAGCAGUCUAUGGAGCGGUCUCGCUCGCUGGAGAACUCACAUUCUCGUUCUCUGAUAGAAGACGAUGCGGAGGAGCCGGACGUGGCCGAGAAGCAGGAACGGCGGCAUGAAGAGCACUUGGUUGACGGUGGGUUUAACUCCGGCGACGAUUCAUCUGACGGUCGUUCCACGCCUUCCCCCCGGCCAUCUCCACACCGUCGUCGACCUCGUCUCUCUGACCGCACCGAUCGCGCCACACUUGGUUCCCCGCCGCCAGCCACUAGCACGAGCGCACGGCCUUGGUUGGAGUCAGCAGAGGUCACUCGCAUUUCUGAGGAAGUCUCUGAACGCCGCCACGAACGUUCUCGGUCCGCUUCAGUGAUUUCGGGCGGUGACCCAACCCUUGCUACCGGGCAAGCAAGAGGUUACCACACCGACAGCGAUGGCUCAGAGGACGACGUACCUCCAUCUCGUCCAAGGAGCAGGGGUUCUGACUGCACUGCGAAGGAGAAUCAUGUGGCGCCUUCUCCCGUACGAAGGCUGGCUGCACUCAUUCCACCAUCUUCAUAUCCGCGAGAUCCUGCUGCGAUACCACGCGUCACCUCUCCCGGACCUCGUUCCCGGCAAGCGCCAGGCCCGUCAAAACCCGUCGCUGCCCCCAAAGCGACAGCACCCGCCGAGGCGCCUUUCCCACAAAUUCGGGGCGAGUAUCUCGAGAAGCUGUUCUUCUCUGCACCAGAUCACAAUGCCGACACAUGCACAGUAUGCAAUCGGCGCGCGCGCGCCACUGCGACACGGCAGCAGCGCAAGGCUACGUGGUCUGCCGGGCGCUACUUCCAAUUUGAGGCGGAAGAUGAAGGCUUUGUAGAGGGUGCAGACGAGGGGCAAGCGAAGAAGGGGAAAGAGCGCGCAGACGGCGAACGAUUACUGCCACAAACAAACGGAAGUGCAGAUACGAGUAACUUCGACGAAGAGUUCACACGAGAGCAGCCAACGCUCACGCCGGUGCACGGUCAGUUGUCCAGCCGUGACCAAGCCGAAUUCAACGGCUUCUCCUGGGUACGUGAUACGGUGCUUCGAAUACAAGACUCCCGCUGA